UUAAUAAUGGCGGUCGUCUAUGUCUUGUAAAGUAAAUAUUAAAAAUAAGAUAACAACAAGUUUAAAAAAAGUAUUAGGGCAAAUUGUGCAUUGGAAACGUGAAAACCGUUCAGUUAAAGGCGCUCGGAACACCAUUCGUUAUGAUUUACACGGGAAACGUACGGAAACGGAUUAGAAAUUGAUACGAACUAUGGCGGGGAUCACUUGAGUUCUGAGUUGUUUACUCCGUACCAUUUAUAUUUGUUGAACAAAAAGUUUGACAGCUAUGUGUGCAUUUUGCAAGACGAUAUUAAGGAAAUUAGACGCCUGGAAAAGGUUUUGCGAACAUUUACUUAAGGAAUUUACAAACUGAUUGAGAGAAUUUAAGCGGAGAAGUUUUGACAGUGGGUGAAACUUGCACGGGGGGAUUCUGUUUCUGUGUCGUCCGACGUCGCCUUGUUGAAGACAUUUCGGUGGCUGAACGGCGACGACCUUACGGCCAAAGUGGGCAGGACCUUGUUGGGCACUGCUCGGUGCUGGAUGUUCCGAUGCUCCUGCGGGUCAAUUGCGCGAAAUCCGCGGUUGGUGUUGUGAUCGUGACCGAAAACAUUUCACGCUGCGUCGAGAGUGCUGGGAAUCGGGAUCACCGCGGAGGUUGAUGCAAGUGACGGUGCGUUCCGCGAAUCGCGGGAGAAUGACACUAUAUUUACGACACAUGCCUAUUUGUUAUGUUUAAAGCGAACGGUGGUGCUGCUGUUUACAGUUUUUCGUUUCGUUCUGAACGGAUGAAUUAAGCCAAAGGAGCGUUUUGAUGCGUUUGUUUUACUGAAAUGUCACAACGGGGUAAGAGAGGAAAUCGUUUGGAUAACGAGAAUAAUGCGCACCAACAGACGCAACAGCCGCCUUCGAAGCGCCGCAAGGGCCGGCCGCCGACCACGUCCAACGGCGACGCGGACCAAGAAGUGCCGACGAGCGCGACGACGAUCCCCGUCGUGUCGGCUGGUGUCCAGCCCAACCUGUCUUCGGCGGCCUCCUCAUCGUCGUCUACCAUGUGGCAAGCGCGCCCCAUUACCGGGCCCCAAAUCUACAACCGCAACUCGUCCGAGGCUCCCGCCGAGUUGUUCAGGAAAGACCUUAUUAGUGCUAUGAAGCUUCCCGACUCGGAGCCCCUAUCAACGGACGAGUACUGGGUGAUCGUAGACCAAUGGAAGCAAGAGUGGGAGCGAGGCGUGCAAGUGCCCGUCAACCCGGACUCGCUUCCAGAGCCGAGCGUGAAGCAACUUUCUAGCCCAAUUGCCGUCACGCGCCACGAUUUCAAGCUUCCGAAAAAUAAAUACCUAAGAAUCACGAAGGACGAGAACUUCUCGUCCGAACAACACUUUCUGUCGAAUGCACCUGCACUGGCGGAGUCGGCGUGCUCUUACGAUCUUGAUCAGGUCGAUGAGGUCUGGCUGAAGCUGGUGAACAGUGAACGAUUACUGAGCGGUGUACCGGCAAUCUCCGAGGGCCAGUUUGAACGAGUAAUCGAGGAAUUAGAGGUUCGUUGCUGGGAGAAAAUUCAGGCAAUCAUGCGAAAUGAAGAAGGUCUUGGAAUCGAGUAUGAUGAAAAUGUUAUUUGCGACGUUUGUCGAUCGCCGGAUUCGGAGGAGGCAAACGAAAUGGUUUUCUGUGAUAAUUGUAACAUUUGUGUGCAUCAGGCAUGCUAUGGAAUUACAGUCAUUCCAUCGGGGCAAUGGUUGUGCCGUACUUGUUCGAUGGGUAAAAAGCCCGAUUGUGCGCUGUGUCCGAACAAAGGGGGCGCAAUGAAGUCAACACGUUCUGGCAAAAAGUGGGCGCACGUAUCUUGUGCUCUUUGGAUACCUGAAGUCAGUAUAGGAUGCGUGGAUAAAAUGGAGCCUAUUACAAAAAUCUCAAGCAUUCCGCAAACUCGCUGGUCGUUGUUAUGCAUUUUGUGUCGUGAACGUGUGGGAGCGUGUAUCCAGUGCUCAGUGAGUACAUGUAAAACGGCAUAUCACGUGACGUGUGCAUUCCAGCAUGGUCUGGAAAUGCGUGCAAUCAUAGAGGAAGGCAACGCGGAGGAUGGUGUGAAACUGCGUUCAUAUUGUUUAAAACAUUGUAACGCAAAAGGGAAGAAGGAAAAGGGUACAAAUAACAAUGGAUCUGGGUCGGAUGAUGAUUGUCGGAGGCGGAAGAUGCGGAGUGAUAUGACGUCGGAGGAGAGAAAUCAAGCCCGUCUGAUGCGUUCAAAGGAAGUGGAAGCAGAAUUCGAUAAGCACGUUAAUAUCAAAGACAUCAGUUGCCAUCUGCUUGAUGUAGAUCAAGAAGCAAUCACGUCGAUCUAUAGUUACUGGAUACUCAAGCGAAAAUCAGCGAACAAUCGGCCAUUAAUACCGCCCAAGGUAGACGACACUGAUAUGGUUCCAAACCGACAAGAUCAGGCGGACAACGAGAAGAAGAUCAUGUUCGUACAUCUGCGACAAGACCUGGAACGGGUUCGUAACCUCUGUUAUAUGGUAAAUAGACGGGAGAAGUUAUCACGAACAUUUUUCAAAAUGCGUGAACAAAUAUUCCAUAAACAAAUAGCAAUUUUAAGUGAAAGUUCAUGUAGAAACUAUGACGAGAGUGUAAUAAGUGCUAUAAUUCAAGCGAAUAACGGCUCCUCGGUUUACGAUAAGUGUUAUUCGAGUACGUCUUCGGGUUCACCCACGAUAAAUGUAGAAGAGCUGCAAGAAAGGAUAUUGGGGGCACAGCAAAUGUUUGAUUCGGGGGUAGCCAACAUUGCUGCGGGGGCAGAAAAAAAGAAGAAGGGUCCUAAUGCCUCUUCUAGGCACAAUUUCAAGAAAAUUCAUUUGAACGGUAUAUCGGAUCGAAAAGCGGCGGACAGUGUUUAUGAAGAUAGCAGUAUGUCAUCGAACUCGGAAGCGCCGGAUAAAUACCGGCCGAAUGCAGAUUCAUCGACGGCACCGGCAAAGAAAAAAGCACAAAGUUAUUCGAAAAUCCUGGAAAAACACAAACGACGGAAAAGUAUGGCCUCGUCCAUUGCUGUGGAUAGUUCAAGCGAUGAGGAAGACAUGCGGCGCGAACGAAGCGGUCCCAAGAAGAACCCUUCGUUGCACCAAAUGGAAAAAGAAUUGGCAAUAGAUGGCGAGCAGAUGCUGACAUCAAGCGACGACAGCGAUUUGCUCAUGCCCAUCAGGCAGACAAACAAUCAAUUAACGAGUAAGAAGUCACACAAACCCAUAUAUUCGGACAGUGAUAGUACAGAUAAAGAAAAAACCGACAAUACUGUAAGCGAUUCGCAGCAACAAAUGUUUAGGACAAAGGCGGCUAUGAAGGAGUUCUCACUUCAACAAGCCGCUAGUAAGCAUAAGCAAGAUGUUGUGGUUAAAAAGUCUUCGUCGCCGACUAAAAACGCGUCGAAAACGGUGCAAAAUAGUAAUAAUAAGCACAAAUCUUCGCCGGAAGUGAAAAAGAGCAUUGAGAAGCCUGUAAAAGUGAAGCCUAAGGAGAAGGUUCAGGUAGAGUCCGACACUGAUGAGAGAAAUGAUAAGAAGGACACAUCAAGAAAACAACUAAAGUCGAACGAUAUCGAAUCGCCUACAAAGGUGCAAUCUAAGGAUGUAAAUAAUAAGAAGUUCCCCACGGACCUGCUAGUUGUGCCUCAGCGACAGGCGGCCAAGAAGGCUUCAGAGAACAUGCGCUCUACUAAUUCGUACGUGAGUGCGGUAGGACAGAAGAAAGAUAGUCGCGACGGGAAAUUAGAUGAGAAGGAAUUAGAAAGUCCAACGGUAAAGAAUAAGGAAAAGAGUAAAGACAAAGAAAAGGAAGCGAAGGAAGACGAUAGAGAGAAGGAGAAAGAUAAGGAUAAAGACAAGGAAAAAGCUAAACCUCGAGGAAGGCCGCCGAAACAUCCGAAGGAAGAUCCAAAGGAAAAACAUAUCGCAGAUAAAGAAAAAGAAGCAUCUCACAAAGAAAAGGAAAAGGAAAAACGUAUAGAAGUUCCGCCGGUACAACAAAAAACGCCUGUUGAAGUACCGCAGAAAAAUGAAAAGCCACCCCAUAGAAAGUCUGAGAAAACCGACAGUCAACUGAUAGUAGCCUAUGUCCCUCAAAGGCAGGCUGCCAAGAAAGCUGCGGAGCAUAUAAAGAGCGGAAUGGGCAAAUCCAGCACUUCGGAGACCUCUACGCUUGUCGAGGAUAAAGAAAAAGAACAAGUGAAAGAGAAAGACAAGGAGAAAGAUAAAGUGGAUAAGGAGAAAGACGGCAAAAACAAAAACGAAAUGGACGCAUUCCGCGAGAAAUGCCGCGAAAAGGAUAAGGAGAAACCUCGUGAUAUAAAGUGUGAUACUAGAGACAAGGAUUUAGAAAAGGGAAGACAUUCAGAAAAGGAUGAAAAGUCCGUCUCGCCGCCGAAAAUGUCAAAUGCGCAAAUACAACGUGCUGAUAGGCGUUCGCGAGGAAGCAUAUCGGCCGAGGAUGUUGUCAAAGAGAAGCCUCCCUCAAAACCACCGCCAGACAGAAGAAGGUCAAAAUCCCGUAUCGUUCUCGAAUCCUCAAGUUCAGAAUCAAGUUCUUCCUCCUCCUACAGCAGUUCAUCGUCUGAAAGCGAGGAUGAAAAUGAUGAUUCAUUAAGUCGGGAGAAAGAUGAAGCGGUUUCAUGCAAAGACACGAAACCAGUAUCACCGGGAUCUCGAGAUUCACCGUCAGAGAAGAAGGAGCUUGAAAACGAAGCGUUGCCUGAAAUGCAAGAUGAUCUUAAGAAUGUUGAAAAUAUUGUCUCCACGCCAAAAACAGUUGAUAGCGAUGUGCUGUGCAUUGACGAUUCACCUGAAGAUAUUGAUAAGAAAUCUUCGGUUGAGCACAUACCUAUGGAUCUGGAAACUACCCCAGCCAAUCUAGAUGAUGAGAAGCAGCUAGAUGUGAAGCCAGAAGAGAAAGAACCUUACGAGGCGGACAGCAUAUUGAAAGCAAAGGAGAAGUCACCGUUCGUGGAAACUGAAGACUCUGACGAGAAGCCAGCAUCUUUAGCAGAACAGGUAGAUGAGAACAAUGUUAGCACGAGUAAAACGUUAGACGAAUUGAAUCCAGAAAAAGAGAAUACUCAAACACUCGAGGAAGAAAUGGCACAACGUAAAGCUGAUUUGACCUGCUUUCCUAUGGGUGGCUUCAAAAGUAAGACAAAUAAGAAUUCAGGCUCAUUGGAUAAGUUACUGAACAGGAAAGAGAAGGAGCGCAAAGAACAAAAGGAUCUUGAGAAAGUUGCAGACGCAAUGGAAAUUGAUGAUUCCUUGAAGUCUGAAGAUGUGGAUGUUAAAUUGAAAACUCCUCCAGUGGAAGAAGUAUUAGAUUCAGCUCAACAGCUGUUGUCAUUGAACAAACCAUCUGUUAUGCCUGCGAACGUUACAGAAAUCAUAGAUAUCGAUUCAGAAUCUGGGGAGAGCGAUCGAAGUAAAGCGGAUUCAGAGCGUCCCGUAGAAGAAGAAGAAAAGUCUCAAGAAAUUGAAAUGAAGUCAUCAUCAAUUCCUCUUUCGUUGUCUUCCUUUCUUCCUGCAGAUAUUAGUAGAGACUUUACUCUGCGCGCAGAGUCUUUGAAGCAGAAACAAUCGUCUCCAGCACCGUAUGAACAACCAGACCGGGAAGAGUCUGUAAAACAUCAAUUUUUGGAGGAUUUGCCGAACAACAAUAAAAGUGUUUGUGACUUUACUAUGGAUCCAAUUUUCAAUGCCAAACCCAGUGAGGAUAGUGCACGUGAAACUAUGAAUCUCGUAGAGAAGCUCCGACAAAAUAAAUACAAACGAAGCUCUUCGAAAGCAGAUGACAUAGCGCCACCGAGCGCUGAAAUUCGAGAAAACGAUACCAAGCUGUCUAGUUCCAACACUUUCAACUAUAACGCGGACAUGUUUUCACCGCCCAUGCCGCCAGUGCAUGAUUUGAAAGGGUUUGGAGCGGCGGACCGCAUAGCAGCGCCUAAGGAAAGACCACCAUCAAUUUUCGACAAAGAAACCGCAUCGAAAUUGGAUAUUCCAGUGUCGAAGGGGACUCCUGUUUUCGAUCAGCACGUUCCGAAUGUUGAUAGUGCAAUAAAUUUCUUCGAUAAAACGCAGCUUGCUUGUGAAGUUACCCCAACAUCAGCGCAACCAACGAGUGCACUCAGUCAAACUAAAAACUCUGCGUUUCCAUUGUCGAGCGCGACCGAUUCCGUGGGUGAUAUUGGCAAAACGUCAGAUAUGUUUCUGCCGCCCGAAUCUCUGGACAAGGCUCGUGCGGUCGGCAGCAGACCCACGGAUUCAUUUGAUUCACUGGCGCAAUCGAACUUUUUCAAGGGAGAUUUCGUGGAUAUGCGUGCAGAGAAGGAGAGUCUGGAUGUGAGUACGAAUUCAUCAAAGUUGGUAGUAGAUUGUGAGUAUGAUGAAAAUACGAGAAUGCAGUCGCCUUAUACAAACCCAGAGAAUAUUUGGAAUGAGAAUAAUUUGAUACAGACGCGAAGAUCUGUAUCUUCGUCGCCAUCGUCAAUAUCUGAAUCAAAUGAUGAGAUGCCGGUGGCCAAGGCGAGUGCAAAUGUGAACGAAAUGCCUGUUCGUAAGACAAAUGAGACACCGCUUCAAGAAAAGCUUGACAAGCAACCACAGCACCAACAAGAACGUGGUUUAGGGGCAAUGUCUUGCGGAGCCGAGAGUAUGGUUGAGAAGAGCAACUUCAACCUGGUUUCGUCAUUUGGUAGUAUAACGCAGUCACAGUUUUCACUGCAGUCGCACCCGCAGCAAAUCACACAACAUCAGUCAUCACAUCAGCCUCUUCCACAUCAGCACCAACCCGUGCAACAACAUUCGCAGCACCAACAACCGCCUCAAGCUCCUUUGUCGUUUAUGAAUGGAGCCGACGUGAUGCCAUACAAUUAUUCUGAGGACAAUCACUACAACGGACCCGUCAGUCUGUUUCCAAGCCAAUCGGUUCCUUCUAGCAUGAAUACUCAGAUGCCGCCGUUCCCCUCGCCUUCUACGCCAAUCUUCCCUCCAUCACUUAGCACAGCAAUGCCUUUAUCGCAAAAUCCACAGUCGACUAGUUCAAUAUUCGGACAUUUAGACAAGCCCAAACACAGUACCGAGUCGUCCCUGCAAUAUUCGCUCCUGACGCAACCUUGCGCCGCAACAUUCACUUCAUCUUCGGAUAACUUGGCGCUGACGCAGGAGCUAGUCUCAAAUAAUGUUUCCAGUGUGCCGUUGACGUCCUCGCAAAUAAUGAACAAUACAUAUACCAUGCCUACAGCAGUGGAAAGUGUGGGCAGCAAUAAUACUUCCGAUCCUACGAAUUCUCUGAAUCAUAUAAUGAACUGUGAAGUUUUGGCAAAUAAUGCAGUGAAUGCAAAAGAUUCGCCAUCGAAAAGAAGUUCAGCUCGAUUCAAUCAAAUUAAGUCACCAUCGAUGCAUAAGAGUCCUGGCAAGAGCCCGCGGAAUAUGGAGCUUUUGAGUCGGCAGCAUAGUCAAAGCAAUAACCAAAAAGGGAAGUAUGAAUCGGGUCAACGUUCAAAGUCGAAGUCAACUCGUGGCGGAAAUUCAGGGCGAGCAAGAGGACGCGGUCGGGGUCGUGGUCGCUUGGUUUCCACAGUGCAAAUGGCACAAAAUAUGGACUUUGAGAGUUCAAUGGGAUCAAUAGCGAAUAAUUUAGCUGGAACUGUUUAUGAUUUGGACUUUGAUGAGGAUCUUGGGACAAGUGUAGAUUUGAAGUCAUUGCGAGACCGGCGAAAAUCGUUCGACAGUCGAGUGAAUGCAGUGAGUACGUGCGAGCAGAAAUUUACAAGUCCAGGUUAUCAAGGCAAACUCAGGAAUACUCUGCUGUCUACAAAGUCUGUAUCAGAUGUUAAGUCACCAAAUAUGGGCUCUAGUGAGUCUGCCAUGCAUGCAUCACAUUCAUAUCUAUCGAAUAUCCACCCCGUCCUGCCUGGGCCAGUUGACAUGAGGACAUAUAACUCGGGUUACGAGAACCAGUCAUCAACGAAUCAGGAAGCCUACAAUAAUCAUCUGUUGGGAGUGUUUGCAACCGGAAUGGGGGAUCAAACACUGAACGAAAUUGACGAGGAAGACGAGGAGAAGCUACAGUCUGUUUUGAAGGCGAGUGGCACGUACAAAGCGAAGCCGCCAGUAGCGGAUAUCGUUGUUCCUGAAUCACAUGCUUCCAUUGAAACGACGUCAGAAGAGAUAUCGAUUGAUUCGGAUAACACAAUCAGCAAAGUGUCUCUGUCGGAUUCGCGCAACCAGUUGAAGUUGAAAAUAAAGGGACCGCUGGCGCGACCGGAGAAUUAUAACGCUCAAUCAACAAGUGGGUCGUUGAAUCAAAGUCUGGGUUCUGAUAAUAUGGGGCUACAGAUGUCGGCUGCUUCAAAUGUUACCAUGGCGUCGUCCAGCAAUCCAACAGGGACAUCAAGCUUGCGUCGAAUGCGCAAGAAAGAGCUAUUACGACAGUAUUGGACGCAGGAUAUGAAUAUGGACGAUGGAGCGAGUCUGCCGCCAAUUGAGAAUAAGGUAAUCAAUGAUCCGAUCUUAAGUCGAAGUGUAGGAAUUCCUAAAGCAGUGGACUCCAUGAGUUCAAUACCUACAAAGGAAGAUUACAAAGACUAUGCCUCAAUGGACCCUCGCAAGCGAAAACGUUCGCAAGGCCUAUCCCGCGAGCUUCGACAACUGGACAUGCCUUACGAGUCAGAGCGGCCUGAGCGUCGGCGGAGUGUAUGCUCAAGCGGUAGCAAUAUCUCCGUGAAUAAUGUUGGUGAUCCGAUAAAAGUGUCUUUGAAACGACGUAAGACAAAAUUAGAUUCACCGAACAAUACGGAGGCUCCGAAGUUGAAAAUCAAAAUAGGCAAUCACAUCGAGACAAUAUCAGAUGGAAACCGAAUGAUUGGUUAUCCACCGAAGAAGCGACCAACAUCGAAUCCGCAAGUGCCGAGUCUGGAGAUUCUGAAGCGCGAAAGCAUGAACUUCCGGAAGCAGGUGAUGGCUGAUUUCGACGAGGAAGAGGGGGAGAAAAUGAAGAGGCCGAAAGUGAAAGCGAAGAAAAAUAGCAAGUCGCCAUCGCACAAAAAACGGAAAAAAGACAAACGCGAACACUCACAGAAAAUGGAGAGUAUCCAAGGUGCCGAGGCGCCGAAGAUCAUUAUCCGAUUUGGUGGUGGAUCAGCGUCGACUGCGAACACUGUUGUUGUGGACCCCACAACGACGGCGCGAACUGGUGCAAGCGAAUUGUCCGAGAGCAGUAGCAAUGCUGUGAACACAGCGAGUCCUAGUGUAAUGCCUAUAAAACUGAAGAUAGCGAGAAACUCCGACGGUGGUGGUUAUGUUAUCGGCAAAUCCAAACGUUUGGAAACGGAUGACUCGUCAACGCCCGCGCAACGAAGUGACGAAUCAAGCUACACUUCAACGUUCGGUAAUCGAAUGCAAAUGGGAACGAAUAGUGGCUGCAAUUACAAUAUCGAACCUCCCGUGUCGAAUUAUACUCUUGGUCCGUCCGUGUCAGAGGGUGAUAGUGUCACGCCGUCGACAAUGUUUAAUGUGUCACGGGUUGGGGACAGUGGUGAUCAGAUAACUGCACCGAUUGCAACCAGCAAUUCGGAAAAUACAUCCACUGUUAACGUUCAAAUUCUGGCACCGAAUAAAGCCAAUAGCGAUCUCAAAGGUGGCCAAACAAAAUCCUCCAAAGGUUGCCCCCUACUUCCUAUAAAUAAAGACUGCGAGGUUAGAUGAUAAUUGGUGUGUUGCGCGCGACGAAAUUAAAUUAAAAACCCGAAGACCCUAUACACUGAACCUAAUAGAAAUUCAUAAAUAAACCCAUAUACACAAACAACACACACAGAUACAUAUAGAAAUGCGCAUAUUGUACAUAGAAGAUGAAUUAAGGGAGGAGUUUAAUCAACUACUGUAAAUCACAAGAUGAAAAUUGUGCAGGACAUAGGAUUAGAUCUAGUAGAAUGUUUAGGAUUUGUAAGUAAUUAUCUAUAUAAAUUAUGAUGUAGAUGUUUUGCGUCAUAGUUCGUAUUCGUAUCUUUUUAAUUUAAACUGAAAGUAAAUAAAAAUAAAAAAAAACAAUAACUGUACAUGUAAAGAACACUUAAUUUAUGAUGGUAGUUAGCUAGAAAGAUAUUUUAUUAAAGAAAAUGAAGUGAAAUUAAUGAUGAUGCGCGCAGAGAAAUGAACGAGAUAUUACGAUAAGUAUUGUAAAUUGAGGAACUAUUUAAAAGUGAUUUAAAAAAUAGAAACUAGUUAAGGACCCCCACACACAUUUAUUGAUAAAAUAUUAAAUAGGUUGGUAAGGAGACGAAGUGAAUAAACUGCUGAUCGCGUGAGUCUAUGAAAUUGAUCUAUAAAUAUAAAAAUUAUAUUAAAAAAAAAACAAACAAAAACAUGAUGAACAAACAAUCAAAACCGUAAGGGAAUUCAUUGUCUUAUAACUAUAAACUGAUCGAAAACGAGCACGGCCAUGCGGUGCUUAACGCUCGUUUUCUAGUUUCAACGAACGCUAGGGAAUACGUAUCUUGAUCUUAGUUUCUUCCUUCUCUAUUGUAUAAGAUGCUAUAUAAAUAUUAGCGUUUAAUUUAAAUGUAACAAAAUGUAGGAAUAUGCAAUAUUUUUCUAUUUUAUUUUAUUAUUUUUAUUUUUUAAUUCUACAUACAAUCACUUACAUGAUAAAUGUUUCGUUAUUAUUCUUUGUCGAUGCAUAUAUUUCCCGAAAUUUUAUAAGAUUAUUAUAAAGAGAUGAUGAUAAUUUACUUAAAAGGAAAAGUAGAGGAAAAAUAAUGAAAAAAUGCAACUCAAUAUUUCACAGUGAUUAAUUAAUGUUAUGUAGUUUUAUAUUUAUUAUUUUUUUUUGCAAAAAUAAAAAGUAUAUUAAUUUGAUUAUGAGAUGAAAGUUA